AUGUCUAUCCUGAAGGUGGUCGAGGAUCGACCAACACCUAGUGUGGUGUACAAUUGGAGAAUCUAUCUUUUGGCAGCGGUAGCAUCAUGCACAUCCUGCAUGAUUGGCUAUGAUAGUGCUUUCAUCGGCACCACACUCUCGCUGGACUCCUUCAAGAGCGAGUUUCACUUUGGUGACAUGUCCGAUUCCACCAAGAACCUUAUCAGUGCCAACAUCGUCUCUUGCUACCAGGCCGGUGCCUUCUUCGGUGCAUUCUUCGCGUAUCCCAUAGGUCACUUUUGGGGUCGAAGAAUCGGCUUGUUGGCCGCCGGCUUGAUUUUCACACUCGGUGCUGGCAUCAUGCUCGGAGCCAAUGGCGACCGAGGACUUGGUCUUCUUUACGGCGGACGAGUUCUCGCUGGUCUUGGUGUCGGAGCGGGAUCUAACAUUACCCCAAUUUACAUUUCCGAAUUGGCGCCGCCAGCUAUCCGUGGUAGACUGGUGGGUGUAUAUGAACUGGGUUGGCAAGUUGGCGGUCUUGUGGGAUUCUGGAUCAAUUUUGGUGUGGACGAAACACUAGCACCUAGCCACAAGCAGUGGCUCAUCCCCUUUGCUGUUCAGCUAAUUCCGGCUGGUCUGUUGCUCAUUGGUGGCUGCUUUCUCCGGGAAUCACCUCGUUGGCUCUUUGGAUGUGGCCGCCGCGAAGACGCUAUCAAGAAUCUUUGUUGGAUCCGCCAGCUUCCCGAAGAUGACAUCUACAUGAUCGAGGAGAUCGGUGCCAUUGACCAGGCUUUGGAUGAGCAGCGCCGUAGCAUUGGCAUUGGCUUCUGGAAGCCUUUCAAGGCUGCCGGUACUAACAAGAAGGUCAUGUGGCGGUUGUUCCUCGGAAGCGCGCUGUUCUUCUGGCAGAAUGGAUCCGGCAUCAAUGCCAUCAACUACUACAGCCCAACUAUUUUCAAAUCAAUUGGCAUCAAGGGUAACAACACCAGUCUGUUCACCACUGGAAUCUUUGGCGUUGUGAAGACUGUGGUGACCUUUAUCUGGCUGCUUUGGUUGAUUGACCACGUCGGUCGUCGUAACUUGUUGCUAGUUGGUGCCGCGGGCGGUUCCGUCUGUCUGUGGAUUGUCGGUGCGUAUAUCAAGAUUGCUAAGCCAGAAGAGAACAAAAGCGAUUCUCUGGGCGGCGGUGGUAUCGCAGCCAUGUUUUUCUUCUACCUGUGGACCGUCUUCUAUACCCCAACCUGGAACGGUACUCCCUGGGUCCUCAAUUCGGAAAUGUUCGAUCCCAACAUGCGUUCUCUCGCACAAGCAUGUGCGGCCGCCUCGAACUGGCUCUGGAACUUUCUCAUCUCGCGCUUCACUCCGCAGAUGUUCACAGCCAUGGGAUAUGGGGUAUACUUCUUCUUCGCGUCGCUAAUGAUACUCUCCAUCAUCUUCGUGUACUUCCUCAUCCCCGAGACCAAGGGUGUUCCGCUCGAGAGCAUGGACCAGUUAUUCGACAUCAAGCCUGUGUGGCGUGCCCAUGAGCAGAUGGUUGCCAAACUGCGCUCCGAGGAUGAGCGAUUCCGACACGAUGUCGAGGCCUCGGGUCUUGGCGCUAAGAUGGACGUCCAACAGUUUGAAGGUUCGGCGGCUUUGCCAAAAUAUUCUUGA